UUUAAAUUACGUUUUUACCCUCCUCUUUCGUUUUUUUGUUUUUUUUUAAAAAAAAAAUCUCAGAAAUUGAACUCUCAAAGAUUCGUUUAGGUACGCGACGACCCGACCUCGAACUCCUUCCAUGUUCUAAACCAUUUCUCUCUCUCUCUCUCUCUCUCUCUCUCUAUACAGAAUUUUCUCCAUGUUUAUUCCCUUCUCUGAUUCCAUUUAGAUCCAAUAUUCUUUCUCCAUUCCUCUAUAGAUCUAUCCAUUUCGUUUGAAUCUUUAUAAAAGAAGAAGCUUGAUUAAAUAGUAAUGAUGGUUCAGAGCAUGGAGAUUGAUCACGCUCAGAAAAUGCAGAGAUGUCAUGAGUACGUUGAAGCUCUCGAAGAAGAACAAAAGAAAAUACAAGUCUUUCAAAGAGAGCUUCCUCUAUGUUUAGAGCUUGUCACACAAGCGAUCGAGGCGUGUCGGAAGGAGUUAUCCGGUACAUCGACGUCGGAGCAUAUUCAUGGUCAUUCGGAUUGUUCGGAGCAGACGACGAGCGUUUGCGGCGGACCCGUCUUUGAGGAGUUUAUUCCGAUCAAGAAGAGCGAGGAAGACGGCGAGCAUGAGUCUCCUCAAGCUGAGGAGAUUGAUAACAAGAAGAAAUCUGAUUGGCUUAGAUCUGUUCAGCUAUGGAAUAAUCCGUCGCCGGAUCCAAACCCGAAAGAAGUAUCCAACUCGGAACGCGUGGUGGUUGAGGUGAAACCAAACACCGGCGGUGCGUUUCAGCCGUUUCGGAAGGAGAAGAAACGCGUUUUUUCGGAGACUGAUUCGCAGCCGGCGGUUAAAGCAGCUUCUUCUGCGCCGGCGCCGGCGACGACGACCGGUUCCACGACGGAAACCGGCUGCGGUAAAAGCGGUUCGGAUAAAGCGGGGGAGGAGCAGAUACAACACCAGCAGCCAUCGCAGUCGCAAACGCAGACGCAUAGAAAGCAGCGGCGAUGCUGGUCGCCGGAGUUACACAGACGGUUCCUUCACGCGCUUCAACAGCUCGGAGGCUCGCAUGUUGCCACACCAAAACAGAUCAGAGAUCAUAUGAAAGUCGAUGGAUUAACAAACGACGAAGUUAAAAGCCAUUUACAGAAAUAUAGACUUCACACAAGAAGGCCAGCGACGUCGGUGACGGCGCAGGGUAACGGAAACUCGCAGCCACCGCAAUUCGUGGUGGUCGGAGGGAUAUGGGUCCCGUCGCCACAAGAUUAUCCUCCACAGUCCGAUGUAGCCAACAAUAACGGUGUAUAUGCUCCGGUGACGGCGCAACCACCACCGUUACCACCGCAAUCUCCAAAGCUCUCGGUGGAGAGAAGUAGCGGCCGUUGCAACUCGCCGGCGGUAUCUUCCUCUACGGAUACAACAACUACUUCUCCUGUGUCAUAGUAGUCGACCUUUUGAUUUGAUUUUGUAUGUUUAUUACAAGUGAAUGUAAGAUUUGUAACCAAAGAUGUUCUUUCAUAGGUUGAAAAUUUUGAAUAAAAUGACGAAUGCUAUAGUAUAUACAUAAGUAAAGAGCCUUUUUAUUUGUAUCUUUGGAUUUUUGUUACUUGUUUUGGGUGUCGAAUUUUGACUGAUCUUCG